AUGGCACCAGCGCGAAUCGCGCCGAUCGAUGGAGGCUGCGUCACGGACUCCGACUCCCGUCGGGCCGACUCGCACGACUCCUCCGCCGCGGAUUACUACUAUUCCCGGCACAGCGCGCAAGGCGGCGCCGCCUCUGUUGAUCGUGGCGGGAAUACUAACCAGCCUGGAUCCAGGGAUCUGCGUGAUCAUCUUAUGACGUCGUUUCCCCCGCCGUCAUAUCCGCUCUCCUCCGCGCAUCUAGCGCACACCAUGAUGCGCCCGCCCGCUGAUUCCGCUUCUCAGCGUCACCUGGAGGCCUCCGUGCGCCACACGCCCCCGCAGGCGCACUCCGCGCUGCAGCAUUCCGCGCUACAGCACUCCCCGCCGAUGAUGCACUCUCUUUUGAAGCACAGCGAAUCGGAGUUUCGAGGAGACGGGUUGUCUGCUCAUGGAUUGUUGACGCAGGCGCCAUCCCUCCAGGACCGUCCCUUCAGCUUCCCGAGCCUAUCCACCCAUUCUUUCCCGGACCAAGGCCCGACUGGGGAGGAGGAGGGGGAGGAGGAGGAGGAGGAGGAGGAGGAGGAGGAGGAGGAGGAGGAGGAGGAGGAGGAGGAGGAGGAGGAGGAGGAGGAGGAGGAGGAGGAGGAGGAGGAGUGGAGGAAGGGGGAGCGGGAGCGGGGAGGGGGGGAGGAGGAGGAGGAGGGGGGUGGUGGUCGGAGUGCAAUGGGGAGCAUGCUGUAUCAUGGUCAUGUGUUGCUAAAUUCCCGGGGGUUCCCACUUCGACCUGUAAGUGCUCCUCCUUGGGGCAUGUGUGCGCUGGCAUGUGUGCGCUGGCAUGUGUGUGCUGGCAUGUGUGCGCUGGCAUGUGUGUGCUGGCAUGUGUGCGCUGGCAUGUGUGCGCUGGCAUGUGUGCGCUGGCAUGUGUGCGCUGGCAUGUGUGCGCUGGCAUGUGUGCGCUGGUAUGUGUGCGCUGGCAUGUGUGCGCUGGCAUGUGUGCGCUGGCAUGUGUGCGCUGGCAUGUGUGCGCUGGCAUGUGUGCGCUGGCAUGUGUGCGCUGGCAUGUGUGCGCUGGCAUGUGUGUGUUUGGACAGCUAUGUUCGCGCUCUCUCUCCAUCCAUCCCUCGUACCGUUCCCCACGGCCCUGCUCCCACCAUCGCUCAGGAUCUAACAGACGCGUGGCUGCUACCGGCAGGUCCCCGCAUGCACCCCUUCUCGCCACACCCCUUCCCUGAACGGCCCGGCCAGCCCGAAUGUGCGUUCUACAUGAAAACAGGCCAGUGCAAGUUUGGAGCAGACUGCAAGUUCCAUCAUCCCCGCAUGCGCCUCCCCUCCCCCUCCGCUGCUGCUGCAAGCGGAGCAGGGGGGACAGGUCCAGGCGCAGGGGGAGGGGGGGGGAUCGGAGGCGGGGGAGGGGGGGGCAUGGGGGGAGAAGGCGGGGGGACUGGUGGGGGUCUUGGGGGGGCUGUGCAGAAUAGGAGCGGAGGGGGAGGAGGUGGAGGAGGGGCGAUGGGGGGAGGUUUGGGAGGAGUGGGAGGAGGAGGCUUGGGUGGGGUUAUGGGUAUGGGUAUGGGUGUGCGGCUAACAGCAGCAGGAUUGCCAAGACGAGAGAAUGAGAUUGCCUGCGCCUAUUACAUGAAA